GAAUGUAAACAGAAAAUGAAUAGUGAAACAAGUAAGGAAGAAGUUGUUCAGAAAAAGCUUAAUGAAUCAGGUGAAGGAGAAAUUGAAAAUAAGAAGGUAAUAGAAAAGGAAGGUGAAAGUAAUGAUGUAGAAAUAGAAGAGAAUGAGUCCAUGGAUUUUGAUAUUAUCCCUUUACUGGAAGAGACCCAGCAGGAAAGAAUUAUAUUGAAUGUUGGAGGACAAAAGUUUGAAACUUCAAGAGUGACUUUAUCCAAAGAUCCAAACUGUCUACUGGCGAAAAUUGUAGGGAAAAAUGGGAUGACCCCUAGGUAUGGAAAUCAGUAUUUCAUAGACCGAGAUCCUGCUCACUUCAGACUUGUUCUAAACUUUAUUAGGAAUGGUUCUUGUGAUCUACGCACAUUACCACAUGAUCUCAGGUACUUAUAUGAACUGUAUUACGAAGCAUAUUACUAUAAUCUGCCCGAGUUGGUAGAAGCCGUCAUUGGAAAAAUUGAACAGUGCAGUGUGUUUAGUGCGAGUGUAGUACCUUUGAGUAAACAAAGACGUUAAAAACGCAGUUGUUCAUGCGAGUGUUAGACUUUCGAAAAGUGCAGUGGAAAUGAAAUUAACUGUUGACUGGCAUUAUUGACCCUAUAAAGUAGACUAUAUAGUGAGUGUUUUUGAAAUAUUCUGUGCUUUCUUAUGGACUUUUGCACAUUAUCAUUGUAUAUAUAUAUUCUUGUAUAUAGUAUUACAUCUGAGAAGUUUUUCAUUAGAAUGUGAGGAACAUUUUAACUUUAUCAAUAUGACUGUUUUAAUGUCCACCUGCAGUAUCACUUAGAAUGAGAAAUGCAGCUUUAGGUGAUGUGUUACUGAUUAAGGUUCAAGUAUAUAACCUGAUUACGAAUAUUGGUUUAUUGCCAAUAUGUAUAGUCUUAAUAUUAAUGUGGUUUUAUAUGCAACUGUAGGUUCUGUCAUAUGUUUUGGAUUACUUAAACAUGUCACACAUGAUUUGAUUGCUGAAUAUUACUGAAGAUUAAGGUUCUCAUAUACUUGUAUUGUAAUAUUGUAUUGCUAUUGUUGUUUUUUUAUAUAGUGUACAGUAUUAAACUCAAAUUGACUAUGAAUGAUGUUUAAUGUGUUCAAAUUUAUUUGUUUAAUGUGUUCAAAUUUAUUUGUUUAAUGUGUUCGAAUUUAAUUAUCUUAAGCCGUGUUUAUUAAAAAAAAAUAUCUUAAGGUGCUGCAUCAUGUUUACAUAUAUAGACUGCAUUAGUCGCCGUGAACAUAUUGUUUUUGGUAAUUGUAAUGUGAAAACUAUCUCUGAAAUUGUUUUGGGGGCCAAAACUUAGUUGGAUGGGGGCAAUGUAACGAUCCGUUAUUUCAUUCUAGUCCUACCCUCUUUAAUAGCUGUACUUUAUUAAUGUUUAUGUUCCCCCACCCAUGUUGAAAAUAGCACUUGUUGUUGUUGAUAUUUGUUUCUAAAUGUAAUUUCACUCAUUUUAUUUGUAAUAUGAUGUACAUAGAUAUGCAUACUUUUGAUUACAGAUUUAAUUUUUACUGUGCAUCGUCGUCCGCGAUCAAAAUAUUCAUGGAAGUUUGUGCUUGAAAUCGGCAGUAUUUAUUUCUAGCGUAAAUGCUAGAUUUCCGCUAUUCAACUGAUUUACGCUUCUUUCAACCGAUACAUAUCGAUAAUAAAUGUGAUUUACUUACGAAAUAUUCCCGAAAUAUCCUUUCAUAAUGUGUUUGUUGCUUAAAAUCGUUAAAUAAAAGUGUAAUUUCAAGUCACUUCCUGGUUUUGGAGCCGCCAUUAUUGCGCUUCACUCUCACGAGACGUGACGUCACAAGUAUCGGAGUAUAAAAGUGGGAACGGCGCGAAAUUCAAAACAAUACCGAACAAGGGCGGUAUUCGUGCGGUACACCUACCAACACUACCAACGUAAAAUUAUAUGUUAAAUAUACCAACUGGUAUCAAUACCAAUGCCAAUUUAAAAUCUACCAUCUAGUUCAGAAAACCAAAUCUGGUAUACAACCAUGAACAAAGAAGAGGUAAUAUUCUUAAAAUAAAUAAAGUGUGGAAUUGGUUUUCCUUGUUUCCAUCUCCAGCAUCAUCGUAUACCAAUUGGUAUCGUAUACCAAUAGCCGUGUUCUUUACCGUACAUACUCAUCUAUCAAGCUUCAUAAGUUUACUUAUAGUAUUAUAAUAUCCUUGAACUGGUAUUCAGUGUUAAACAUUAUAAAUACCAAUAAAUUUAUUGGUAUAUACCAUUUGGCUUAAAUACCAACAGUGAGUUACAGUGUAAAACAUCUUAGAAUUUGUGUUUAUAAUGGAAGUCGCGCUAUAUGUGUUUAUCUAGCGUUCAUAAAUUUUAAUAAUCAGCUUAUCUAUCGUUGAUACCAAUUGGUAUAAUUGGUAUCCGAUACCUGCGAUACCAAAUACCAACGGUGUGUUACAGUGUAAACUUUAUUAUGGACUUGUAAUUCUAAAUCGUUGUGUUAGAUUCGCGUAGUGGUCUAUUAUGUUUAAGCAGCAGUGAUACUAUUUGGUAAACAAUACCAAUAUCACGUAUUUACGUACUUCAAUGUUAAAAGCAACGUACGGAGUAUCAUAUGUAUACCACUGAACAGUGAUAGUUUAUUUAACUUGAUUCCUUACAGUGUAUUUAUUAACUGACGAGUAAUACUUUGUGAAUUUCAUAUUCCGGGGAGUUUUAUCCCUGUGUUCCUAGUGCUGAUUUCAAGUGUUACUUAUUUCUAAGAAGUGUUAUAAAAUAGUGUGUUUUCUUUAAGCUGAAGUGUGUGAUUAAAGGACAAGCUAAAGUUAUUUAUGGUGCUUAACUUUUACAAUUACGGACUAAACGCGAUGCACAGAUAACAUUUCACUGUUAUAGAAAUUGUCUUUAUAGCAUAUCAUCAAUUAUACUCUCGUUUUUACGCUAUGUAUUAAUACGUACAUUAUGUAAUGCCAUGCUAGUGUUCUUCUAUAGUUAAUAAAAGUUACAGUUAAACUUUAAAAUUGCCUCCGUUAUAUUUACCCAUAAAUUAGAUUAUAUAUGAAAAACACUUUCGGUAUUUGCCAAAAGCCGGGCCCAGGCGAACUCACGUAGCACCCUUUCUAGAGCUAACAGGCCAACGCUCGACGAGGGGGUUCGCUACAGUAGUUUACUUUUCCCUUUCUUAUGCACAGGUGUUAAAAUUCCAUUUUUUAAUUGUUCUGGAAUGUCAAGAUCACUAAAUAUCUGAUUUAUUGUUUCAGUUAAUGGAGUAACAAGUUCUUCUUUAGCGUAUUUGAAAUUUUCUGCAGAUAAUUCAGCUAGAUAUGGUGAUUUUCCUGUAUUUAGUUCGCUAAUUGCA